AUCAGAAGUCACCUCAGUCAAUAGGUUAUAGUCUUCCGAACACCUCACAAGCAGGCAGCCUAGCAAUGAAUGUCGAACUUCUGUAGUCUACACGGAUCCGGAAACGACUCAGAAAGAUGGGACCACGCCUAUCAAAAGAAGCCCAGUUCUCCCUAAUGGGAACUGUUAACUUCGUGCUGGUACCAGUCUACCUUGCGGUGGCCCUGCAUCGGUCAUGGAUGGGUGGUUUUAACGUACCAGCACCCUUGUUCUUCAACAGCUUUGCAGCUGAGGGUGCAUGUGUUUUCUUUGGUGUAGCCCUCGGCUUCAUGUGUCGAGGGAUUGCCAAGAAGAAGCCGAGUAACUACCUCUCAUAUCGUGCCAUACUGAUUCAAUACCUCCGGUGGAAAAUGACCGAACGAGUGGUCGCUAGGACGCACAGGGGAUUCGUCGCAGCAUCUAAAGAUCCCGGGAAAACCCAGGCGGAUUGGUUGCUGAAGUUUCUGGCUGAUAGAAAAGACACCGUUAUUGGCAGAGACUGGGGUUUUGACUCAAUAAAGUCCGUUUUCCUCUUGUCUAUAGACUCUCUACAUCCAACACCUACCUGGGAUACUGCCUCAUUUCGUCUUAAAAAUCUUGAGAUAUUGUGAAUCCGAUUGAAAGUCAGAAUGGCUAUGAAUCGUCUUAAACACAUCAUGUAACGUUACAUGAUACAAAAUGUAUUAUGUGUUGACGGUGAUCCAUGAGUAAGCCUACCCGGGUCACAUGUGCUUAAAAACAUACGAUCGACCUUGAUUCCAGGUGGAUGUGUUUUCCCUAGUUUAGCCCACGGCUUCUCUUGAUUCCAGGUGGAUGUGUUUUCUUUAGUUUAGCCCUCGGCUUCUCUUUUUCCAAGUACAUUGUGUUUUCUUAGUUUAGCCCUCGGCUUCUCUUGAUUCCAGGUGCAUGUGUUUUCUUUGGUGUAGCCCUCGGCUUCAUGUGUCGAGGGAUUGCCAAGAAGAAGCCGAGUAACUACCUAUCAUAUCGUGCCAUACUGAUGCGAUACCUCCGGUGGAAAAUGACCGAACGAGUGGUCGCUAGGACGCACAGGGGAUUCGUCGCAGCAUCUAAAGAUCCCGGGAAAACCCAGGCGGAUUGGUUGCUGAAGUUUCUGGCUGAUAGAAAAGACACCGUUAUUGGCAGAGACUGGGGUUUUGACUCAAUAAAGUCCGUUGAAGACUACCGGAGCAAGAUACCUGUCACACGGUACGAUUCCUACAAGGAUUACAUGGAACGUGUCGCAAAGGGUGAGGCGAAUGUCGUGAAUAAAGGAAAGCCUUCUUACAUCGUUCUUACGUCCGGAACCACAGGCAAUAACAAGAAAUUCUGGUUUGACAAAGCCGUACUUUGGAAUAUCGCUGAAGCGGCUUACAUCAUACCACUUCCGUUUAAAAUAGUGAAAUUCCCAAGCGUAGUACAUUUGCGAGAGCCAUUUGUGUGCACAAUUCUCCCGAAUAUGAUGAAAAGUGAAUCUGGAUGCCGAAUGGGGCCACUUUCGUGUUGUGUGAUCGAGAAUACCGUAUCGACCACACCGAUUGACGCAAUACUUGGAAUAAAGGACGAGAAAGUCAUUAUGUACAUCCAUGCUGUUUUUGGCCUGCUGCACGACGAUACGGAAUCUAUCGUCUUCAAUUUCGUUUCCUCUGCGCGAAGUUUUUUCGUCACAUUGGAAACCAGCUGGAAGGAUAUUGUGGAGGACAUCAGGACAGGUCACCUGAAUCCGUCUCUUAAACUCUCCGCUGAGCUCCGGCACACAUUAGAUGGGAAAAUGUGGUCAAAUCCAAAACGCGCUGCUGAAUUGGCUCAAGAAUUCGAAAGAGGGUUUGAGGACAUCAUUCCGAGGAUUUGGAAGGAAGCUUCCGGGGUAACGUUGCUUAGUUCCGGGAGUUUACAGGCGCCGUCUCUAACGCUGCAGCGGAGGUACUUCCCGAGUGUCCCGGUCCUCUCACCGAUGCACCUUUCAUCCGAGGGUUGCUACGGGGUCUGCCUUGAUAAUGGGUCGAUUCUUUCCACAUAUUAUACUCUGCUCCCCUUGGGGUGCUUCUACGAGUUCAUACCUCUUGCGGAAAUUGAAAACGAUCAACCACAGACCAAGUUAAUCGAGGAGCUUGAGCUGAAUGAGCAGUAUGAGCUGUGUGUGACCACCGACCGAGGCCUGUGUCGCUAUCGUGCCGGGGACAUCAUCAAAGUAGUGUCCUACUUCAACAAGAUACCCCAAUACGAGUUAAUCGGCAGACAUGGCGUCAUCCUUGAUAUCUGUAGCGAGAAGACUAGCGAAGUGGCCUUGACCUCGGCCUUGCAGCAAACCAUGUCCAAGCUGCGUGACUUUACCAUAGUCGAAUUUACUAGUGCUGAGAGUAGCAUGUUGGAGACAGAAGUGGAAACGGCUGGCAGUGAUAGGCAUUACAUCCUGUUUGUGGAGCUCGAGUCCAAAUUAUCAGACGAGGUGGAAAGUCUCACAGAGGAACAAAAGGACAUGUUCGACGAAGACUUACAAGACUUCAACGAGUAUUACAAAGGUCUCAGGUGUCAAGGUCGAAUACAGAAGAUGAAGGUCGUCCAAAUGAAACCCGGUUCAUUCGCCUUGCUGAAGAUCCUGACCCUUGCGAUGAACACCAAGGCAAGCAGCGCCCAGUUCAAGAACCCUCGUGUACUGAGGACCGAGAAACAAUUAGAAUUAAUGACGAAUCCAGAAAAUGUUCUAUAAGAGUAAAAUUUGCGACAGAUGCAGUUUCCCCAUUCCCCGGCCCCGUUCCCGGAUCGCAUUACAGAGGCCAGAGGUCCAGUGAGGGUUACUUGUAUAUAUAUUGAAUAAUCAACAGACACUACAGUCAAUGGGUGAUAUGAAUAAAGACUAGCAAAUGCUUUUACUUCAAUUUUGUACAGAAAGGCCUAGUGUAAAUGUACAUGUAGUUUUAGAUAAAAGCAUUUGCUAGUCUUUAUUCAUAUCACCCAUUCAUUGGUACAUGGAUUCAUUUAUCAUUAACAAGAAUAUCAAAUCAACAUCAUUCAUUAACAGAACAGUCUAGCACGUUGAUAGCAUUAAUGAGAUCAGUGGCAUAUUCUGUAGAAUGGAAAAUUUUCGCGGCAUGAAAUUUUCGCGGCAUGACAUUUUCGCGAAUGCCGAACGAUGGAUAUAUUCGCGGCAGAAUAUUUUCGUGAAUCAAGGUUAUUUUUUCUAAUGAAAUUUUAAUUGUCUUCUUUUACAUAGAGCUCUCAGAGAAUAGGCGCUGCAGUUUGGAUGGCUAUAUUCGAAUACUCCAAUCCACUGUCAACAGGUCUCAUUGUGUCGGGUAGUUAGGCCAAUAUAGCACACAAAGAUGGGUAUAUAUCACUAAUAAUUAUGCAAUAGUCAUUCAAGAGGUGUGGAAUUUGUGUUUGUUAGGGGUAAUCAUAUACGUGCUAACUGACAAGACUCCUCUUGAAAUUGAUAUUUAGAUGAGGUGUUUGUAAACCCCAUACCAAACUGAUACUCAGCUGACCCAUACUUGUAAAGGGAAUAUAAAAUGAACUAUACAUGUGGCAUAGGUGUUCCCAAACGUUUUGAGGGUAGUGUAUAUUUUAGGAGAUAUAUGUGUUAAUUUUAAGUCUUCAUUUACUUUUGACCGAGGUGUACGAAUGUAAAAAACAACAACACAGAGCAAACGGCUACGUGCGUAAACCUGUUUCGCGUCAAGUUGCGAAAACACCCCUUGAACGACCAUGCAUCGCCUCAAUAGAUAUACCUCGAUGUGACUUAUUAUGCAGACGUUUCAAAUGCUGUUUUUUAAAGGAAAACAAAUUCAAAUUCUGAAAUAACUCUCUUCUAAGCCUUGUUAUAGUCGUCUGAUAAACAUUCCCGAUUGUGGUCAUCUUGUUUAUUGAUUUCUUUGACAUUUUUUACAUCACACAUACCAAGCAUAGCAGGUCGAUAUAAUCCGUAGACCUAAAUUCGUUUUUCCGACAUGCAUUCUUAGAUCCUGAACCAUACCUGUGUCUCGCGGGAUAUUAUAACCAUUACCACUGGCAACCCAGGAUUUGCUUGGUGGUGAUAUCUAGCGUAUGAAAAAUCAUGAAAUAAUGUCGACACGUUGGCAUACGCCUGAAACCCCACGAAAGGUUAAUUCAGCCUCUGCGUACAACAGU